AUGCCGUCGACCAAUCCACGGUGGAAAACGGCGGUGCUGCUGUGCCUACCGAGCUGUCGACAGAUGUCGCGGGGCGUGAGCCACCAAUGCGUGACGACGAUCCAACAGAGUCGAUGCUGGCUGCCGACGCAACAUCCGAUGCGAGCAAUGUGCCUGCAGUUACCAUUCCAUGUGUGUCCAUGGACAAUCUCGGCAGCUCGCAUGAGGUCGAUGACGGUACACGGACCGACAAAACCGACGCGACCGAGCGCAUGGCAACCACAGCAGUUGCUGUUCCCAGCGCGCGUGGCAGUGACAACGGAGACGACGACAUGUACGAAGAAGCGUUUGACAAUUCGGCGCGCUCCACAAAUGACGGAGCAUCUACGACGGUCGACACCAAAGUGCCGUCGGACGCUACGGCGUCACCGAUGA